GUCACUAAUAUGCUUUUAUGUUUUAUUUAAUGGGGAUUAGAAGAAGAGUCAUGUCAGAAGAAACAGUGAGCGAAUCGCAGUUUUCCUUGAAGACAGCAGCGCUAAGAGUGUUUGAUCUUCCUCUGUCUUGGUACUCUUCUCUCUCCCAGAUCAAAUUUUCACCAGUAGCUAAAAAGUUGCUUGUAAUAACUGCAGUGAGUACAAUAUCUGUAAUUUUUCUGGCCCAUCACUUCAAAAGAAGACGUGGAAAGAAAAAAGGAAAAAUAUUACCAUGGGAACCAGAGCACCUAAUACUUGAAUACGCUAAAAGAGCAGCAUCAGAUAAAGGUUCAAGUUGUUCCAGUAGUAGACAGAAUUUAACAUUAUCUUUAAGUUCCACCAAAGACAAAGGAUCUCAGUCUUGUAACUAUGUGAAUGGAGGACUUUUCAGUAAAUACUCAGGUUCUGCACAGAGUUUGGCUUCCGUCCAGAGUGUCAAUUCUUGUCAUAGCUGUGCUUGUGGCAAUUCUAAUUCCUGGGACAAAGCUGAUGAAGAUGACAUUAAACUUGUUAAUAUUCCUGUGACCACUCCUGAGAACUUAUACUUAAUGGGUAUGGAAUUGUUUGAAGAGGCCUUACGUCGAUGGGAACAAGCUCUAACCUUCCGUAAUAGACAAGCUGAAGAUGAAGCCUGCGGUUCUAUUAAGCUGGGUGCUGGAGAUGCCAUUGCUGAAGAAACCGUAGAUGAUAUUAUUAGUACUGAAUUUAUUCAUAAACUUGAAGCUCUACUGCAAAGAGCGUAUCGUCUCCAAGAAGAGUUUGAAGCCACCCUUGGGGCAUCUGAUCCUAAUUCCCUUGCUAAUGAUAUUGAUAAAGAUACAGAUAUCACGAUGAAGGGAAAUAUGGAUGACUUCGGCCUGAGAGAUACCUUGAGCAUCGGAUCAACUGACUCCUUUGCUUCAGCGGCAGAGCUUACAGAACACAGAGAAGUACGGCAUACCUAUAGCCUGGAGUCUCUUUGCCACUGCCCUUUUUAUGAAGAAGCCAUGCAUUUAGUUGAAGAAGGAAAAAUUUAUUCAAGAGUACUAAGAACUGAAAUGUUGGAGUGCCUAGGAGACAGUGAUUUUCUUGCCAAACUUCACUGUAUUCGACAGGCUUUUCAGGUAAUUCUUUCAGAAACAGCCAACAGGAUAUUUCUUGCUGAGAGUGGAAGGAAGAUUCUAUCUGCUUUGAUUGUGAAAGCACGAAAGAAUCCAAAGAAGUUUGAAGAUGUUUUUGAUGAAAUGAUUUAUUUUUUAGAGCAGACUGAUCACUGGGAUAGUACUGAAAUGGAACUUGCUGCUAGAGGGGUGAAAAAUCUAAAUUUUUAUGAUGUUGUUCUGGAUUUCAUAUUAAUGGAUUCCUUUGAAGAUUUAGAAAACCCACCCACAUCCAUCCAGAAUGUAGUAAAUAAUCGCUGGCUCAACUCUUCCUUCAAAGAAACUGCUGUCGCUUCAAGCUGUUGGUCAGUGCUGAAACAGAAAAGGCAACAAAUGAAGAUCCCAGAUGGAUUUUUUGCCCAUUUUUAUGCCAUUUGUGAGCACAUCAGCCCCGUCCUAGCCUGGGGCUUUUUGGGUCCUAGAAAUUCUCUCUAUGAUUUGUGUUGCUUCUUUAAGAAUCAAGUUCUUUUCUUCCUCAAAGACAUUUUUGACUUCGAGAAGGUGCGCUAUUCGACUAUAGAGACUUUGGCCGAAGACCUCAUGCAACUCCUCAUUCGCCGCACUGAACUUUUAAUGGCCUACCUUGGGGCAGAUGCUCUGAGGCAUACGAGCAGUUGUAUAAGUACUCAUGGUCAUGUUAUGUCCAGUGGGCUAUUGGAAGCCAAAGUACAGUAGGUACCAUAAGAAUCAAACAAUACAAUGUGCUGUGAAAGAUUUUAAGUUAACUAUUGAUUUUGUACCACAUAUUACAAAAUCAACAGAAUUGGUGAGUGUGGACUCAGGGAGGAAAGAUAAUCUAGUAAAGAAUGAACGACUGCAUUGUACUUAUAUAGGAGUUCUGUUGUCGAAUCUCUGCGUAGUGUGUCCAAAGCAACUUUUUACGUUUUUUAGUAAUAAUUUAAGUUGUGAAAUGUUACGUAUGUAUUGUUUGAAUUAAAGCCAGUACUUGGGAGGUAA